AUGUCGUCCAUAUCUCCUAUAACCUCAUACUCGUCGACACAGCCUCCAGAUCCAAGCGGAGCCUACAAGUAUGAGGAUCCCACUGCCUACCACAUCCCCACAGGCUAUCCCAACCAGUUCGAAGUCUCUCUACCCCUCUCGCGAUCCGAUUCCGAGGCGCAGAGAGAUCUGUCGAAAAUUCAAUCUGCUGGUUCCUCCGAACCAAAGAUUCGUCUGCGCAAGGCCUGCGAUAGCUGUAGUGUGCGGAAAGUAAAAUGUGAUGAGACCGGCCCGCCAUGCAAGUCUUGCGCCGCUCUCGAGAUCCCUUGUACUUUUGAUCGUCCCAGUCGUCGUCGAGGUCCUCCAAACAAACACGCUGAGGCAAUCAAGAGACAAAAGCUGGAAGGCGGUGCUUAUGAAGGGUCCAGAGGCUCUCCAACUCAUGAUGCAGCCUACAGUUUGGCCUCUCUUGCUGCUCCUGUUCCUCUAUCCGCCGAAUCAAUCUGCGAUUUACCCACCCUGGGACUUCUCUUGGACGACUAUUUCACCUACAUCCACCCUUUGAUCCCCGUUCCCCACGAGCCUACGUUCCGGCGAUCCUUCGAGGCUAGGGAAGAUCGGACCAACCACAACUUUCUGUCAUUAAUUGCCGCUAUGGUCGAAUGUCUCGUUGCGUCGUUUCCGCGCAGACCGCGCCAGCUGUUCACCUCGGAACCGGCCAGAACGCAAUUUCCUCACGCUGGAGCCUUGAUUGAUCGGUGUCAUCAGGUUUUCAUUGAGGCGCGGGGUAUCGGCUACAUGGACAGGCAAAUGAAUCUUUAUGAUGGCAUUGCUAGCUAUCUGGUUGGCCUUGCCGCUGGCUAUGUCUUGGAUAUCGCACGCAUGCGCCUGUAUCUUGGAGAAUGCACGAUCAUCACACGGGAGCUUGGCUUCCAUCGCCCCGAGAUAUACCGCCCUGCCGCAACUCCUGGCGGAACUUUUCAGCCAGUCGACCUGCAGCGACCACCACCUAUUGACCACGUAUACCAAGAGUCUGGAAGACGCUUGUUUUGGCUCUUAUUCGUGGGCGCGAUGUCCGCUCGACAGCUCGACGAUGCAGAGGGUGACUUGUUGAUUCCCCCGGUCUCCCACGCAGAAAUGCUCCCCACACUUCCCUUGGAGGUGGACGAUGAGUACAUCACUGAAUCACAGGUCUAUCCACAACCUCGAGGCGUAGUUUCGGAAAUUGCGGGUUUCAAUCUCAACGUUAAGGUCUUCCGCGCCUUUCAUUUCCUGGCUGCUCUUGAACUAGCAUUUGGAGCCAACACGGUUUAUGACUGGGAUCGCCAACGUCAAUUCAUUCGCCGUGCGCUCCAGAAUGUCAAGGAUGCAACGCGAGACGCACCGAAAGAAUUACAAUUAAAUCCAGCCAACGGAUUCGGAGAAUGGCCACCAACUCAAGCCGACAUUUCGGCGUACUCGCACCUAUUCAAUGAGCGAGAAGGUGCAGAAACCGAGUUAGCCCCAACCCCCGUGAGUGCUCGAGGUUCUCUGUCCGGUGUAUCACUCUCCAAAAGGUCCAUACAGUUCGAAAUCCAGAAGGCGAACAUCUAUGGAACGCAACUCUCAUCAAGAUCAUAUCUUGUGGAGAGAUUUUGGAAUCUGUACGAAAUCGUCGACCGAGACAAAUUGACCUUUCCCACGGAGAAAGCAGGGGCCAGCUCUUCACCCACUGCCGGGAUCAUGACCACAGGAAUGGACCACAGCUACAGGCAGGUGACUGGUCGCACUCCUAGUGACAGUCUGAUGGAUACUGGAGAGCAGAUGAUGGCUGUGGAGAGAGAAGAUAUUGUCAGGGACAUGGCUUUGCUUUUGAAGAGCAUCAACCAGGUCAAUAUGGAGCCGAACGGAAUGAGUUUUUGUAACAAAAUCCGCACAGUGGCAUCCACCUUACUCGAAACAAAACGUGCCAGAAUGAGCGUUAUGCCUACACUAGACUCGGAAAGUGUCAACAGCUACCUCCAUGCAUUCCUUGAUAUACUGUCCAAACUGGAGCGACUAGGUCCCGGCCGCUUCCGCGGUGUCGCUGAUGGGACUACUGGUGGCAUCCUGAGGACACCAGAGGAGAUUGAGGAGGAGGAGCUGGUCUACUGGGCAAGUCUAAAGGAACACCAGGAGAGGUUUGUCCGGUCGAACGGGGUCUGGUGA